GAGUUGACACACGGCCCUCCUUGACACACAUUCCUAGUCAGCCCCGCUCCUCCACAACCAACCCUGUUGUCACUGGACGACCCACAGCUGCAUCAUGGGAAAACAGAAGGCACUUAUGGACAAGCUCGCAAGGACCUUUCAGAUCCGUCACAUGCUGCUACGCCAGGCUCUGGCAGAGUGCCUGGGAACCCUCAUACUGGUGAUGUUUGGCUGUGGUGCGGUGGCCCAGCUGGUGCUGAGUGGUGGCUCCCAUGGAAUGUUCCUCACCGUCAACUUUGCCUUUGGCUUCGCUGCCACACUGGGCAUCCUGGUCAGCGGACAGAUCUCAGGAGGCCACCUGAACCCAACGGUGACCUUCGCCCUCUGUCUAUUGGGGAGAGAACCUUGGAGGAAAUUCCCUGUGUUUUUCUUGUUCCAGACUAUAGGGGCCUUCCUGGGAGCUGGGAUCAUAUUUGGCAUGUAUUUUGAUGCAUUGUGGGACUAUGGCCAUGGAACACUGAUCGUUGUGGGUGAGAAUGCCACUGCUGGGAUCUUUGCCACAUAUCCCUCCAAACAUCUCACUCUGGUUAAUGGAUUCUUUGACCAGAUGAUAGGCACAGCAGCUCUGAUCGUGUGUAUCCUGGCCAUCGUGGACCCCUACAAUAACCCCAUCCCCCGGAGCCUGGAGGCCUUCACGGUGGGGUUCGUGGUGCUGGUCAUAGGCCUGUCAAUGGGCUUCAACUCGGGCUACGCUGUCAACCCUGCCAGGGACCUGGGCCCACGCAUCUUUACUGCCCUAGCUGGCUGGGGUGGUGAGGUAUUCACGGCUAAUGCCUACUGGUUCUUUGUGCCCAUCUUUGCCCCCUUCAUUGGUGCGGUGGUGGGGGUGAUUGUGUACCAGCUGAUGGUGGGGUACCAUGUGGAGGGAGAAGCACGGGAGAAGAAGCAAGAGGAGGCGAAGGAGGAGCAAGAGGAAAGGCUCAAACUGUCCAUCCUAACCACCAAGGACAGUGCAUGAGUUCAUGAAUAUUCUUACCUUGACCCAUUUUAAACCCUCUUUAUGUACAUAAUAUAUAUGUGUGUGUGUAGUACACUCUUACAAAAAAGUUUAUUUGACUGUCCCCAUAGGAGAACCCUUUUGGGUUCCUUGUAGAACCCUUUUGGGUUCCAUGUAGAACACUCUAUGGAAGGGGUUCUUCAAAAGGUGGGAGAACCAAAAAAAUUUCUAAGAGUGUAUCUUCUUAUAGAUUUUAUAUCUUGCCUUGAUGACAAACACAUUUCUUUGUGGGGAUUA